AUGGAAGAAACCCAAUUUCAAUCCCCACCGACUCUCCCACUCUUCCUGGGUUUCUUCUUAAUCAUCUACCUUUCUGCUCAGUUCAUCGUCUUCCGAAAUUGGAGUCCGAAGAUCCGACCCGAAGCUUCAAGUUGCUUAAUAUCAUUCUUCCACGGUACACCGGCGGUUUUCUUAGCCGCCGGUGCGAUAUUCGCCGACGCAAAUCGUGGGUUCGCUUCAGCCAAUACUGAAUUUCAGAACAUUGUUCUCGAUUACAGCAUAGCUUAUUUUCUAAUGGAUCUUCUUCACUACCUCACCUUCGUUCCCGGCGACGUUCUCUUCAUCGGUCACCACUUAGCCACGCUUUUCGUUUUCGUCACGUGCCGGUACCUGGUCUCACACGGGGCUUUCGCUAUUCUCUUCCUCCUAAUACUGGCGGAGAUCACAAGCUUUUGUCAGAACACGUGGACACUCGCCAACGCUAGAAGAAACGACCUUGAAUUUGCAGCCAAACUGUAUGAUCUUUUGUCUCCUCCAUUUUAUGUUUUGUACUCAAUUGUUCGUGGGUUUGCUGGGCCUUAUUUUCUCUACAAAAUGGGUGUUUUUUACUUGAGUGGCGCUGCUGAUGGUGUGAUUCCCAGAUGGGUUUGUGUGUCUUGGAUUGUUGUGGUGUUUACUGCCAUUUCAGUUAGUAUUCUUUGGAUAAUUAAUCUUUGGAUUGAGUUGUACAGAGUAAGAAGAACUGAGAAAUUGGAGAAGAAGAAACUUAGAUAAAUUUAUAUGAAAGUCUUUAUGCAUUUUGGUUUCAACUUCAAUAAACUUUUUUAUUUUUUUGGCUUUACUUUUUCAACAAUGUCAAUUGGUUAAGGGGGUUGUUCUGUAUACUGAAUUAGAAUUAUGGGUUUAGAAGUUAGAAUUGAUUUAAGUAUCAAAAUUUGCAGUUAGCUUUGUCUUUUUUUUUUCUCUUUUGUACUUUGGGGGAAAAUAUUGAAUGUAUAUGUCAGAAGAAAAGCAUUUUCCUCUACUAAA